AUGAAUAAAAAAGAUGUUUAUGAUGUAUCUGUUCUACCUGACAAUAUAUUUACAUUGAAAGGUGAAGAAUUUUUUCAUGCUAUUCGAUCAUUAGUUGGUGAAGUUAUUUGCAAUAUUCUUCAAAUUCAAAUGAUUGAUUCUGCACAGAACUUUUUGAAUACAGUUGAUGUUUUUGAAAUAUUCAAUAAUAAAAAGCAUUUGUUUGUAUCGUCUUUCAUCGAUACAAUAACAAAAAAUAUAGUUAAAUCAAAACAAGGUUAUCGAUAUGAUGAUUCUGUGAAAGAUUUUGCUUUAGUACUGUAUAUAUUAGGUGGUAAACAAUGUUAUGAUUUCAUUCGAAUCAACAUUAUUGGUGCAUUACCUAAUUUAACAACAAUAAAUAAAUUAAUAUCGAAUGCUGAUUCUAUUUUAACAGAAGGUCAAUUUCGUUUUGCUGCCUUGAAAGAAUAUCUUGAUACAGUAAAUGUAAGAUUUGGUUUUUGUGCAGAGGAUUGCACUGGUGUAAUUAAAAAAGUUAAGUACGAUGUUACCACAAAUUCAUUUAUUGGUUUCGUUACGAAAUUAUCUAAUGAAGUACCAAUUCGUGAUUGUUAUCAGACUGAUUCAUUUGAACAACUAAAAUUCUGGUUUGAUAACAUAGAAAAAGCUUCAUUACUAAAUAUUCAUAUGUUUCAGCCUAUACCACAGUCAAAUCAAGCAAAUGCACCUGCAUCAUUUCUUAUAAGUGCUUAUGGUGUUGAUAGUACAUCAACUGCCAUCGACAUAAUAAAUCGAUGGAUUUAUCUUUUUAAUAAUUGUAUCCAAAAUCAAAUAAGAAUUAUUGGUUUUUCUACGGGUAAAAUCUUUGCAUCGAAGUUUUCUUCUUAA